AUGGCAGGUGGACGUCCAUCCAAAAAGCCGAAACUUUUGAGGCAUACAAUCAGCACCGACUCUGCAGCUGCGCACGUUCACAGGCACCAAAUAUUUGCUCUUCAACAAGAUGGGGAAUUUGCCUUGCGUACAUCCUAUCUCCCAGCAAACCCACUCAGUAUUUCUGACUCGGUGGCUGAGUCUCCAGAAUCUCCCAACAAUAACUUAGCCGACCCAUGGAAUGAAGUGGAAUUUGACCCUGUACAGAACGAGCCUACUACUACUGUCACAGAAGAAGUCAUCAAAGCGAAACGAACCAGACGGGUACGUAGAAAUGUUGUUUCCAUCUAUAUAAAUGAACGGCAAUCAUACCUUGACGAACUUAUCUGUUUGGAGGGCAGAGGUGGGGAAAGUCAGUGCCGGUGUGGUGUGUUAUCUGCACAAUUCAGAUGCGAAGAUUGUUUCUCGGUCGAGCUGGUCUGCCGUGAUUGCAUUGUUCAGUCACACUACCACGCACCCCUACAUAGAAUCAAACAAUGGAAGGACGACUUUUUCCACACGGUCUCACUCAUGUCACUGGGUCUCCAUGUCCAGUUGGGUCACAGGCCAGGGGAAGAGUGUAAUAGCCACAGAGCAGCCUACGACAAUGAUUUCGUGGUCAUCGAUGUACAUGGGAUACAUGAAAUAAAGCUUGACUACUGUGGGUGCGCACAUGCACCAUCCCGCUACAAACAGCUCCUUCGUGCACGAUGGUUCCCGGCUACAACAAUCGAUCCCAGAACAGCAGCAACUUUUGCUGUUCUUCAACUUUUCCACCUUCUUUCAUUCGAGUCCAAAGUCUCUGCCUACGAAUUCUAUCAUUCUCUUACGCAGAGAACCGACAACAUUGGUACUAAGCCAAUUUGUGAUCGUUAUUCUGUGUUCCUCCGCAUAGUAUCAGAGUGGCGACACUUGAAGGCACUGAAACGAUCAGGGUGGGGGCACAAUCCUGCAGGUAUCGAGGCAACACAAGAGGGGGAGCUGGCUGUAUUGUGUCCAGCUUGCCCACAGCCUGGCAAGAAUCUUCCGGAAGGUUGGGAGAAUGCGCCACAAUCUGAACAAUGGCUGUACGGCCUUUUUUUGGUGAUUGAUGCAAACUUCCGCCUGAAGCGCCAUCUGGUGUCAACCGACAGCAAAGAUCCAGGUUUAAGCCACGGGUGGGGUUACUUUGUGGAAGAAGGUAAGUAUAAGGGGCACAUCAAUAUGAAUAGCGAAGUCUUACAAGAGAAAAGUACAUGUGUUAGUCACAAUGCUGUGAACAUGGCGGAUACAAAGAGUUCGAAGGGGCUCGCCGCUACAGGAGUCAGUACAGUAGACUGUGCUCGCCAUGAUAUGAAGCUUCCAAACGGUUUCUCAUAUUCCUUCCCUAGGUAUCUUAACAUGGAUUACCUCGUAUUCUCGGCCCUCGUUGCAUUUUCGCAGCUUAUCAUCUUCAACUUCUCCUAUGACAUUGCCUGUCAGUGGCAUAAGAAACUCUGGAGUCGCAUGCCUAGCCUUCCUCUUGCGCUUCACCUUGAUCAUCCAAGUAAGUUCCACUUGGACGCCCACAUCAAAGUAUGUCAAACUAAAUUUUCAUUCAAUUGGACUCCUUGGGUCGGUCGAAUGGAUGGAGAAGCACCAGAGCGUGGAUGGGCGAAUAUUAAUCGUGUGGCUGCAAGUACGAAGGAAAUGGGUCCAGGAGCUCGUCGGGACACCCUCGAUGACCAUUUUGGUGACUGGAAUUGGAAGAAGAUAUCAGGUUUCGCUGUCGAGGCAGAGAAAGACCAUCGUGCUGCGCUUCAAGAACUCGAGGGGUCCAUUGAGUUUUCAGAGUUGGGUGCUGCGUCCAUCGCUGAGUGGAAAAAUGAGGUCAAGGCAUGGGAGACUGACCGCACAAAGCCAAAUCCUUUUGAUAGUAGAGUUGUUGGUGCGUCUAUUCAAUCUGUAUCAUGGUUUGUUUCACAGUGUCACUUCUCAGAAAUGACACAGCCUGCAGUUCGCCUCGCCCUGGUGCAACAGGAUGCCAGGGAGCUUGAGGAUGGCGCCGUCAUAUCACUCCAUGCUGAAGUAACACCUAGUGUGCUCAUUAGCACUGCCAUAGAUCUCGAGCACGCACAACGUCGUCUUCGGGUAGAUGCAGAUGCACUUGGGCUGCAUGUGACCGACACCCAGAGAGCAAACAUUGUGACCCGCAGGAACGCACUGCAACACCGGGUUGAAGCAUGGUCUAGUGUUCAAGUUUUAUAUAUGCCCAUUGUUGCCAACUUGCAUGCUACAACCCUCCCCCAUCCAUCCCAUCUACAAAAUACUGGCCAUGAUGACAGCGGCUUACCAAGUUCAAAGCCUGACUCCGGGAAAGCCGAGGAUUUCCCACUUCUUUUCCCUUCCGAUGUCUGUGAUCUCACUGUUUGCAAUCCGAAGCUCCUCGAACUCGAGUGGUCACUGCGGUAUGCUCAAGCCAAUGAUGCACUCGCUGAGUGCCGUUCACAUAUUCGCCUUCGAACCCAGCUACUACGUUUCAAAGCUCAAAACAUCCGUGGGCAAGAGGAUCACUUGGCAAUGUCUCACGCGAAGUACUGCUGUGCUCACAAAGCACUCCUCGCACUUUCAACACACAUUGAUCACAUUGGUUGGCAGCGGAGGUUUCAACCGCUCAAAAAGUCAGACCUUCGACCUAUGGGAGACUUUGGAGGACAAACCCAGGGUACCACUAUUAUGUCUUGGAUUUGGCUGAUGCAUGGAGUUUCCGCUGAUGAUAGUGCUGGUCUUCAGGACUCUCUCCACGUUGAAUGGUGCAAGGCCAGGGCGCGCCACAACCGGUGGCACGAAGAAAUUCAGCUACUCAUGGAGGAAAUGCGGCGUGUAUUGGCUUUCCUGAAGUGGUAUAUACAAUGGUGGGAGGAAUGCGCAACCCUUCGAACAUUUGUAAGGGCCGAGGAGACAGAGGGGUUUGUGGCAUAUGCCAAGCGUCAGGGUGCUGUUUGCCGUGCGUUGUUGACGAGUUUCGAGGACAGGUGGGCUGGUGUUGCGGGGCUCGUGGAAUCUUAUGGCUCUUAUGAUAAGCAUUCCGCUUGCCUAUGGACGGCUCAGUCUUUUAUCUUAUGA